CGUCUGCAUGCACGCAAUGGAAUGGCCACUCACGUUGAGUCACUACAUUUGUCUCACUCACCGUACCAGGCCGACACACUGCGAUUCGACUUACUUAUAUAUGUACAGUCAAACAUGGAGGUGCAUAGAAACGGUCUUUCCUAUGAGCGUGUCUGCCUUCACAGCCCUAUGGGCGUCACUUGCUGCUGAACCUCCUGCUGCUGCCGCACCGCUGCCAGCGCCAGCCAUGACGGCACUGUUAGGAGCUUGCGAAGCCACUGCACCAGCCGCGCCAUGCCUAGCGAUACAAUCACAUCCUGACGCUUUAACCAGCUGAUGCGCACACACAUACAAAGAUAUAUAUGCCAACAGAAGGUGCACCGGCCAGAUGCGGUUUGCAAUCACUGACCUGAUGAAUCUAGAUAUGGGUUGCCUGAGGGCCAGGAGGACCAGUGCUGUGCCACCAGCGAGGGCACUGAGCAGCCCCACCCACAGCCGAAGACAUGGCGACGCACGCAAAGCGACCCACCACGACUAAGAAACCACAUCAUGCACACACACACACACACACUCGCUCGUGUGAUGCCUCCCAUUGUAUACCUACCCACACCUGCAAGUUGCGCCCGGCUGGCUUUGAGAAAGGUAUCAGGGUCUUCUCUCCCGAACACUCAUACAUGCGCAGCUCCCUGACGUACCCGAGUUGUCUGAAGGUGAGCCGCAUCCCUCUUAAUGCCACACUCACACGCACAGCCGCACCCACCAGCCGCCCCAUCUGCUCACGGCUCAGCGCCGCUGAUCCACCGUGGUUGUGGUGGGCGCUCUCGGCCAACGGCAGGAGCAGGCGCACCAGUGACGUGUGGACGAUCGUGCGGGGCUGCAGGAUGGGCGCUGGGGGCGAAGGGGGAUGGUCGCGUUUGUUGCUUUGGUGUGAGUAGGUGAGGGCCAGGUCCCUUCGAAGGCGGUCGAGGUUGCCUUCGUUGACGUGCCACACGGCCAGCAAGGCGCCGGUGCGGGUCCACAAUAGACGAUCCAGCUCCAAUUGCUAGAAAGCCAGGCGACGGACAAUGCAAGGCUCGUCCAUGCGCCGCACCCUCCCUGUGUGUCCUGCUGUGUACCAGUGGGCCAAAGGACUGCAGCAGCGUCUCGACUCUCGCCAGUUCCUCUCUCUCUUCUGCCUGUGUGACGGGUCUCGGUUCCUCGGGCGUGCCGGCGUUAUAGAUCGUCAUGUGAUAGUUCUGCGUACACCACACACCCGCACACACAUUCAUUGUAGAUGAACACCACGCCUACAUCGAACCACCCACCCACCUGUGUUGGUGUGCACCACGCCAUGCCCCCGCCGUCCGCUCUCACCCCCCCAGCCUCCAAGAUCUCCUCGACCGCACUCCGCAGCGCCGCCGCCGAGCUGGCCUGGUCCGAGCUGUCCACAAACAGGGCAAAGUAUCGCGUGCCGCCGGGGCAUGUGUGGCCUCUGGGCUGGGGCGCCGAUGCGCUGUCGAGUGUGAAGUUUUGCCGCUGAGAGAGGAUGUCGUGGGUUGCCAGGUGGGACGGCUCGGUAAGGGGAAGAAUUGCGUAGCGGCGCCGACGCAGCGAGUGGCCGAUGGACAGCGGGAAGAUGGCCGACAGAUACUCCAUGAGAACCUGAGAGAGGACAAACAGCGAGGCAUGACAAUCAUUGGGCAUGAUUGAAUGAGUGCACUGGGUGGCUCACGCACAUUGUUCCAGUGCACUCGCAUCCGAGACUGGCGCUCUGACGAGGAUGAUGAACGCAUGGAUGGAUUGACGUCAGAUCUACUCUCUUCCGAAUUGAAGACAGAUCUUGAUAGAAGAGGGCCACACGAUGCAAGAUCUGCUUGCGACUGUCCUGUUGUUCGAUGAGUGUGGUUAGCGGAGGCGACGAGCGAACGAUGGUCUUCGGUCCAUGCAGCAGCGGUUUCAGGGAGCACCCUAGGUGGCCUGACGGCCAAGUCCCCUGUCGGUCUGUCCAACAUGAAACAGGCACCCUAACAUGCAACCCGGACACGAAACACGCAGCACGCAGAGGGCAGAUCCAGCAGACAGGAGGAUAUGCAAUGCGCUGCGAACGACGGCC